CAUAUAGCUACUGUGGAGAAGCAGCAAAUUAGUAUUAAAGGAGCACCACUAAAAAUUGUCUGUAAAGAUUUUCGUGUCCUAAACUUUGUCUUCUACAAGGAGCCUGAUUGUCAAGACGUUUAUGUCUCACUACAAAAUUUAACAAAACCAGUAAAUUAUGCGGAAUUGCACGCCUUUACUUACGAACCUCCUGGUAGUAAAUGGCCUAGAUCUGACGGAUGGAAUAUUUUCGAAUUCGAAGCUGAAAUGGCUCGCUUAGAAGUACCGAGUGAUUUGUGGAGGAAAACAGAUAUUAAUAAAGAUUAUAAGCUAUGUCCAACCUAUCCUGAAGUCUUGUAUGUGCCAGCGACAGCUACAGAAGAGACUCUAACCGGUAGUGCAUCUUUUCGUAGCAGAGGUAGACUACCCGUUUUGACUUAUUACCAUAAAUACAACAAGACUGCCUUAUGCCGCAGUAGUCAGCCAUUAACAGGAAUGCGGGGAAGAAGCGUAGAUGAUGAACAAUUAUUACAGGCUGUAAUUCAAUCAAAUCCGAAGUCUCCUGUUAUGUAUAUAGUAGAUACCAGACCUAAGAUUAAUGCUAUGGCGAAUAAGGCUGCUGGCAAAGGUUAUGAAAAUUUGGACAAUUAUCCUAAUGUUCUAUAUCGAUUUCGUGGAAUACAAAAUAUUCAUGUUAUGCGAGAGAGUUUGCAAAAGUUAUCGGAAGUUAUAGAAAAUCCUGCGCUAAAUGCUGGCGAAUUUUUCGAUUCUUUAGAUAGUAGUAGUUGGCUUAAGCAUAUUAGAUCAGUAAUUGAUACGUCUAGAUUUAUUGCCCUGGCAAUGCUAAUGGAUAAUGCAUCAGUAUUAUGCCACUGUAGUGAUGGAUGGGAUAGAACUGCUCAAACAUGUGCUUUAGCAUCGUUAUUUCUUGACCCAUAUUACAGAACAAUUAAAGGCUACCAGGUACAGUAA